UGCGUGGAACCGGAACCCUGUUUGACGGGUUUUGUACUAUUCACUGCACAUUCGUAUAUGUUAUACUACGAUUCGGACGCAUUCGUGCGCAUACGAGUGGGCAGAGCGCGCGCGUUGGCCACUCUGGCCGAAGUGGUCGGUUGGAUCUACUUUGUCAUCUGGACGGUCAGCUUCUGGCCGCAGAACAUCUCCCACUUCCGGCGCAAGUCUGUGAUUGGCUACAAUCUGGACUUCGCCGCACUCAACGUCACGGGCUUUAUAUUCUACUCGUUCUACAAUUCGGGCAUUUAUUUCUCAAAACGCAUCCAAAGUGAAUACGAAGAGUGGUUCCCGCGUUCAGAGAUACCCAUCCUAUUGAAUGACGUGGUGUACGCCUUUCACGCCGCCUUCGCCACCGGAGUAACGCUCGUCCAGUGCUAUGUCUACGAGAGAGGCGAUCAGCGAAUGUCACUUCUGGGCAAACUGUUUACGGGCGUCGCGUGGUCUGCGGCCGCCAUCCAACUGGUACUGUGUCUCACCUCGGUGAUGACCUGGCUCACAUUCAUGUACUAUUUUUCGUACAUCAAACUGGUGGUCACCAUGAUCAAGUACAUCCCGCAGGCGUGGUUCAACUACAAGCGCAAGUCGACGCGCGGGUGGAGCAUCUGGUUCAUUUACAUGGACUUCUCCGGCGGAAUCAACGCAUUGCUGCAAAUGCUGUUCAUUGCCUACAAUUACGGUGAGAGAGAGAGAGAGAGAGAGAGA